AAAACGGCUCAUUGUUGUUGCCAUCUACUGAACCGUGUUUAACGAAACAUGUUCUCGUCUCUCAUAUACCGCUUCACAUACUCACACAGACACACACACUCAUUGUAUAUCUCUGUGUGUUCAAGCGAGUAAUGAAAAAAAAACUGCAUUUUUACCACACGGUCUCUCGGGACCGUUUAUGCAUAUGGUUGUGUGUUCAAAAGCCGUUUUUAUGCCUUCACACCCAUACUAAUACGAUGCCCAUGUAUAUACGGGAGAGCAUAUAUGAUUAAGUACAACCGCUGUUGAUGCCGUCGCCGCCGCUGCUGCUUUUGUGCGAAUCCAAUGUAUAUGAAUAUAUGUAUCCGAUUCAGUUGUGUUCAGAAUUCAAUCGUAGCAAGACGUGUGAGCACAUCGAUCUGAGUUUUCACUCCUUUUCAUCUUCGUCUGUGUUCUUUUUUUUCCUUUGGCCGUUUUUUUUCUGUGUGUCACUUCGGAGAGUGUAACUGAACCAUUUGUGAAUUUGUAUAUGCAGACACACGGAGUGUCACAAUAAAACUUUUUGGACCAGUGAACGGAUUACUUUUUUGUACAUACAUUGUAUCUGAAUAGAGUGAGAUAUGUAUAUUUUUCUGCAAAAGUGCAGUGAAUGUGAACAAUAAACCAAUUUCAAGGCUUUCAAUAACUUUGACUAUUUUCGUACGAUUUUUUAUUUGUGAAAUUUGCACGCAUAAAUAAAACUCAAUCGAGUGCCAUAAACAUUCAAAGAAAAGUGAGUCACUAACUGAAUUCAUCAACAUUUCCGUUGUAUUCUGUUAUCGUCAAGUUUUUGAUAUUCCUUUUUUUACGUCGACCGACUUUCCUCAGCUGUUUCAUUUCGGUUGAAAAUAUUUAAAGUGCGUUUUGAAAUUUUGCAACAAAAAAAACUAGCUGAAUAACGAAAAACAGCGAAGAUUUCAUUUGUACUUUGGAUUUAUGCAUAGAAUAUGAUGGUUUGCGAGCAAUUCGAUCGAAACACCGUAAUUGAUCAUUUGAAUGUAGCUGAAUUUUACAAUUUUUUAUUUACUGAAACCCACUCAAUUUCCUAUUAAUAUGGAACAACGCAGAAAUGGUCGUUUUUAUACAAAAAGAUCGGCUCACUAUAAUAAUCUUCAAAAGCAAGAAGAGGAGGAGAAACUGAAGAGUUCGAGCACGAACAACAAUAAUAAUAAUAACAACAACAACAGCAGCAGCAAUAACAACAGUAACAAUAAUACUUCGACUUUGGGUCCAUUGAAGGAUAAUUCGAAUAUUAAACCACGGAAAUCAUUGGAGAGUAGUAGUCAAUCUCCAAGCAAUUCACCUUCGGCGAAUUCGGCAACAAAAUCCAAUUCUGCCGAACGGCCCCGUGUAGCCGGUGGUGAGGUACACAUAAAACCAAACACACCGACCAGUUCAAAAGUUGUGAAUCGAAAAAUCGUUCCAUCGUUGAACAAUCAAAAUUUGACGCCGAAACUGUCGAUCGGGCCCAUUUCCAACGAACGACCGUUAAAGUGUUUGGAAACAUUAGCACAAAAAGCUGGCGUAACAAUAAGCGAAACGAUAAAUCACCCGAAAAUGGAUAAAACACAAGUAGCAAACCAAACCCAAUCGGUCCCAUUACAAAUUUCACCGGAACAAUUGCAACAUCUUCAGCAUCAAUUCCAGCUGCAGCAAGCAUUCGCCGCUGGUGGAACUGCUAUCCAAGUGAAACAAGAAUUUCCCCAAAAUCAAGCCAACACAAUCGAGCAAUUGAACAAACAAUUACAGGAGCAAAAUCAAGCGGCACAAGUACAACAAAUGCAAUUGAUUGACACUACAGCUAGUUCGCAGCAUCAACAGCAGAACAAUGCUACAAUGGGCAUCAAAUAUGUCAAUGGCGAACAUCAACAACAGACAUCGACCACGAUGACAACAAUGCCACCGCUUCAGUUGCAAAAUGGACAAUUGCCAGCCGAUUGGAAUCAACGUGUUCAAGUUGUUCAGCAGCCAAUCCAGAAUCCGGCCUAUUUGCAAACGAUUUACGGGCAACAAGUGUUGAUGCCAGGGAAUAUACUGCAGCAAGGUUUCAAUCAGCAACCUCAAAUUCAAGUGAUUGCUGCCGGUAAGCCAUUACAAGGAGGUCAAAUCACACCGCAAAUGUUGGCACAAGGAAAACAAGUCAUUGGAAAUUCAACGACUGGCUUCAGUGGAACAUACACAUUGCCAACCAGUCAAUCACAAACGCUUCUCUUCAGUCCAGUGAAUGUGUUCAGCUCACAGCCACAGCAGCAACAACAGAAUAUUCUGCCAAUGACCACCACAACGACACAAAAUAAUGGCACCAUUGCGGCAAAGAAUCAACAACAAACCGAAAUGAAGAAUUUCAAUGGAACACAAAAAGUGGUGCAAAAGACGAAUACCGUGAAUGCAGCCGGUCAAACACAAAUUGCUGCUCAACCGAAUGCACAGCAAAAUCAACAAUGUGUUCAAGUGUCACAGUCCACCAUUCCGACAGCACAGAUCAUCAACCAGAUCCAACAGCCGGGUGGACAACAAAUGCAAUUUACGGCACCGUGGCUUCAAAGUACAUCGUUCCCGCAAUUGUGGACUAAUGGGCUGCCGCCACAAUUCCAAAAUUCGAUUUUUAUUCGACCGGACGGUACACAAGGCAUGUUCAUUCCACAAACACAAACGAUUCAAGCCCAAGCUCAAACGGCUCAAUCGCAACCAAAUCAGCAACAGCAGGCUCAAGCGCAAGCGCCACAAGCACAAAUUCAAGCCACCACUCAACAAACGGCUCAAGCUCAACAGCAGCAGCAACAGCAACAGCAGCAACAACAACAACAACAGCAGCAGCAGCAGCAGCAACAGCAACAACAACAAGCGCAACAAAAUACUGUGCAACAAACUAUUACUCAACAGGCCAAUAUCCAAGCAACGCCAAACAAACAACGAUUGGUGACAGAGACUCUCACACCCAAACAACAAACGCCAACACGUACACCAACAUUGUUGCCACAAGGGGCUAAUCAAACGAUUCGACCAAACCAAGCCAGUUCAGUUUCAACACAGACGUCGGUCAAUCAAAACGUACUCGCCGGACAGAAGAAUGUAAAGUUACGCACGAAACCACCGACUGUUCGGCCAGCUGUACCUAACCUCAAAACUGAUGCUGGAAAUCAAACGAAAUUGCUGCAGAGUGGAAUGUUGCAACAGAUUGUUACUUCGGCCGGUAAUAAAAUGGUCGUUACAAUGAGCAACAAUGGCACAUCAAUGCUUCAGCAAAUGAUACCGAAACAACAGCAACAACAAACUGCAUUUUUGCAACAGCAGCCGAAUCAACAAAUUCAAAUGAUUCCACAGCAAAUGCAAUUGCAAUCAAUUCAGUUGACUGGACAAACCCAGGCGCAAUUCGUCAAUCAGCAAGAGCAGCAACAAAUUCAAAAUCAAAUCAUGCAAUCACAACAGAUCGCCUUGCAGCAACAGCAACAGCAACAGCAACAACAACAACAACAACAACAACAACAACAGCAGCAGCAGCAACAACAACAAGCUCAAGCUCAAGCUCAAGCUCAGGCUCAAGCUCAGGCUCAAGCUCAGGCUCAAGCUCAAGCUCAGGCUCAGGCUCAAGGUGGUUUGAAUAGCAACCAAGCGAAUGGCAUUUCACAAAUCACGAUUCAGCAACCGAAACAGAUCAUCAUGGGGCAACAGAGUGUGGCACAAAGUCAGUCAAACAUGGACCAUCGUCCAAUCAUGACAAUGGUUUCGAUUGGAGGCAAUAAUGCCGCAACUUCAUUGAAUGCUAUGCAAAAUCUGAGCAGUCCGAUUGGUUCAUCGCAAGGUUUAACUCUUCAACCACCACCAAAUCCCUUAGCUGCCAUGACUUCACUUUCCUACAAUGCGGCAACAUCCAAUAUACUUACGAAUAGUACAGCUGCCAUUACAAAGGAAGACAAAGUCGCCGCGUCGAAAGCUGACGAAGCACAGAAGUCAACUGCAUCUGAGUCUAUUGCAACCAGUACAUCGGCAACUAUUUCAACCGUUACAAAUGGGUCGAUCACAAUUACGUCGUCGACCUCAUUGCAGACUGCAACUACAACGCAGAAGGACAAAGCAACGGAUUCUCCCAAAACAACGUUCACAAUUGCAACGGGCAAAACAAGUCCCAAGAAAGUGGACAGUUCAAAGACGGAAGAAUCGUCCAAAAAACAAGCUGAAACAGCCAAACCGAACAGCACAACCACGGUUGCAACGGGCAAACCAAGCCCGAAGAGUCCGAAGAAAGUUGAUAGCCCGAAACCGGCAGAGUCACCAAAACCAAGCGCCGAAAAACCAUCGGCCACUUUAUCCACGCAAAAGGCUAAAUCGGCUAAUGAAGGCAGCACGGCUGCUGUGAAUGGAAAUGCAGCGAAUAACACACACACACCAACCAUUCCGGCCACAUUGAAUCUCAUUAAAAAUGAUAAGGGUCUACUGCCAAAAGCAAUGAUCAAACCAAAUGUUUUGACUCAUUACAUUGAUGGUCAUGUUGUCCAAGAGGGAGCUGAACCAUUCCCAGUCACACGGCAACGAUACUCCGAUGAUUCUGACGAGCCACCAUCGAAGCGCCGCAACACAUCUUCACCUGAAAAACCUGCAUCAGAUCGUUUGACAUGCAGCCAAUGUGGCAAAAAGGAAAGCAAAGGAAAACUCAAAUAUAAACCGUACUGUUCGAAGAGUUGCAUGAAAGCAGCCAAAGCCGGUGCAAUACCAACGAUCCAACAGAAUGGUGACCAUAAAUUGCGUAUUCGCCACGAAAAUGGAACGACAAACGGUUCUGUAUCACCGAAAUCAUUGCCAUCACCAACAUCGUCGUCAGCAUCCACAAAUGGCACUACGAGCGACACAAGUUCGAAUGGAUCGUCCGAUGCAAACAGCACCGGCAAAAAACCAUCCGAACCAACUCCAAUGGAAGUGUCAACAGACGGUGAUAUGGAUCAAGAUGAGCCAAUUUCAUUCUUGGUCAAAUGGUCGGUGGAUGAAGUGUGCGAUUACAUUCGUAGUUUGGCUGGAUACAGUGAUUAUGCUGAGGAUUUCUUAAAUCACGAAAUCGAUGGACAAGCCCUUGUGUUGCUCAAUGAAAACCAUUUGGUCAAUACGAUGAACAUCAAAUUGGGACCCGCUUUGAAAAUUAUGUCACAGAUUGAGGCGAUUAAGAAAAAAGGCGCCCCACAAACCGAACAACAGCCACAGUGAACCGGUUUUUUUUUUAAAUCGAAUUUUAGAUUACUAAGGCCAAUUUAUAAACAAUUUUGAUAUUUAACCUUUCAUAUACAUUCGCGACAAUUUAGUUGGAGUUUAGAUAUUUGUAAAUACAGCAAACACUAUGGAAGAGUUUAGGUUUUUAUUUGUUAGCUUAGAGCAGAUUCUUUUUUUUUCUUUUCACAUUUAUCAUAAGUUUUAGGAGUUUUUGUUUAUUUGAUACGGAUAUUUCUAAGAUGCGACUCAAAAUUCGAAAAGAAAUGAAAAGAAAAUUAUUGAAAUAAAUUAGAUCGAUAGUAUUCUAUUGGCAUGUGUUUUUAAAUAUGAAUUUCCAUCAUAUUCGAUGGAAAAAUAUUCUGACAAACUGAAAUAAUCAAAUAUGAAUUAUUAUAUCAUAACUAUUAUCAUUAUGCAAUAAAUCGUUCACACAUACACACACAUUGAAUCAUAAUAAUGUAUGAGUUUAAUUUAAACAUUAUUCAAUCGGUUUUCAAAAUUAUUUGAAAAUUGUUUCUGAUUUAGUUUCAUUUUUUUACUAGCAAAUAUUUAUAUACGUACAUAACACAUUUAUGUGAAACAUUAGUUAUGAUUUAACAGAAGUCUAGAUGUAAUAAAAUACACACAAAAAAAAUCAUGAAAA